GAUAGACACCUUGUUUUCGCACGUUUCUGAAGUGGAUAACUUUUCGGCGGUUGGACGUGGUGAAUUUUCAGACGUAAUGGCUGAAUUGAAAGAGCCAGUUUUUAAGAAACCACCCUAUCAGCCCAGUAACUGCUGUCAGAAGACAUUUGAAAAGUCUUCAGAGAAAGCAGAUGUUUUGAUCAAAAUGUCAGCUUCGGAAACUGCAUUAGCAGCAGAUACAAACAACAAUUCAGUGUUCCCAUGUGUUGUACGAUCCCCGUUAAACGAUGUUCUCUUCGAAAAACCUCCAAGCAUAAUCGGUGAAAUUAUACAAAGAUCAUUGUCAACAUUUCAGAAAAGCAGAAUGAUCGGUAAUAGUCAGAGAAGAGAGUCGAAGGUGACCGAUCCUUUACCUGACAGGCAUUUGAACGUCGAAUCGCACACCACGAAAACCAGUCUAGCUUCAGAUACUCUUGGUAGAAUGUUGAACCCAGCAGGAACGAUACGAGGCUUGAAAAGAAAAUGGUCUGCUGUGGACCAUCCAAGAAGAUUGCUGAAGAAAUUCAAGAAUGUCACCACAGAUUUGAAGCAACACGAUGAAGGGUUGAUUGUUGAUUAUCAAAAUAACCAAUGCCGAUCAUUGAUACCAUAUGUCAGUACAACGAGCAAGUGCUUUGAGUUGAAUGAACAUCUGAAAUGUUACCUAGAACAGAAACCACAAAUCACGUCCUCCAGUAACACAUGUCGGACUGUGGUACCCUAUGUAAAAAGGGUAUCGCUUCUAGAGAAUCAUGUUUGUAGGAACACUUCGUCUGCUCCGGUUAUCAAUGCGCUACAGCCAGAUGUUCAAACAAAAGAUACACCAGAAACAACUAGUCUACGUUCCCAGAACGUUUUGUUCCCAUCUCCAGAAGAAGAGAAUUAUAUAAAAAGUUUGCCUGUUCUGGUAACUACACAAAUACAAGGACAUGCUGAUCCUUUCUUCAAACAAAUAACAAAUGUACAACAACUUGAUACGAAUUAUAAGCACCCAAUUAAAAACAUCAAACAAUCUGGAGUUGAGCUAUACGACAAAAAUGCUCAAAUAAUGCCUACGGAGCUUUUCCCCACUGAUGAAAAUAUUGAAUUCAAUUUAGCCGUAUCGAAUGAAAAUUCUUCAAUAUCUAUGGAACCAUUCGAUUUGUUUCCAGAGAUCGAGGCUUCGCAGCAAACUGCUAACACUGUUGCUACGAGUAACACUUGUCAAGAAAUUGUAAAAUAUAUUGAAAAUCGCAGCUAUUGGCCUGAUUUAGAAAAUCCAAGUUGUAUAGUGGCGUUGGCAUCACGUGGAUUGAAGCGUAAACUGAAGUUGAGAAGCCCUUUUUCUCAUGCAUCGAUUAAAAAAAUAAGGACUGUCAGAGCAAUAGGUUCAUAUAUAACCGAAAACUAUGCAACUGUUUCAAUUGCGAAAUCAACACAACACUGCGUUUCGGAUAGCAGUACAUCGAUCGAAGCAUUACAAUGCCAAUCGCCGAUUUCCUAUUUCGUCAGUAAGUCAAUCCAACAAAUGGAUCUGAACUUCAUCACGAAGAAUUUUUCUGAAGAUCCGCUGCUCACCUCAUCAUCUGGCAAUAACUGUCGUGCUCUGGCACCCUUUGUAAAAAGAGUAUCCUUGCUAGAAGCUAUUCUUUCCAAUUGUAGCGCUAUCGAGCAUAUAGCAACUUCAUCGCAGCUGUCAACCGGUCGAACAGUGUCUUUUUCAAAGACUCUCUCCUGGGGAGAUGAGGAUGUUGAUUUUACCGAUCAUUAUGAUAGUGUCGAGAGCGAGGAAGAGUUUUACACAGCCAAAACUGAUGUUGCGAUGGUUCGUUCAAUUGAGCAACCCCAAAAUAAGUCGGUGGACCAGCCACUUCACAGCAACAAUUCCACUGUAGCCGUUUACUACCGAAUUCACUCAUUUUGGAAUCAAAAUAAGUACGAUGAGCUGCUCCAAGCUAAGCGCAGAGGACAAGUCAUUCGUAUUCAGCGUAAUAAACGCUAUCGAUUUAUUCCGUACGAUAGAAAUAAUCGGAAACAACGACGAGCGUGUCCGUUUGAUGGAGAUAGCAGCACGUGGAUUCAUAAGCUAUCUAAACAAAUCACAGCAGAACCACCAACUUCCAGCCAAUCAACAAGUUCUGUGGAACACUGUCCUACAACAAAAAGCGCUGACACUAGCCUAGCUUUGAUACCAUACGCUGGAAAUCCAAUUCUGAGUGCUAUCCAUGAACAAAUUUCCACAACACUGAAAUCUUUUGUUUUCCACUCGGAACUGACUGGAUAUUUGACGUUCUGUAGUAAUGUAGAUUGCCAAUCUACAAUGAUUUUGCGCCGUGGAUUGAAACGAAAAUUAGAACGGGAUAACAUUUUGACCGGCUCCAUUGUCUCUAAAAAGUUUAAAGGUUCAGAUUCGUCAUUAACUGAAUCAUCUGAUUAGUCGGGCGAAUCUUUUGUGAAACUUCGUCGUUUGAUCACGAACACCGAAUGAUCUAUGCUGGAUCAUGGACAGUACUAUUGAUAAAUGACAAAAUAAGGGUCAAGUAAAGCGUUCGAUUCGAUGAUCCAACAUUAUUCAUAUCGGCCCAAACCUUGGCAACUUUUCACGAAUUGCACGUGAAUUAUUGGACUAUCCCGGUAGUAUGAGAAGAACCGAGUAUUUCGUCGUUACGUAUAUGUAGUUUUAUAUUUUUAACAACGUGAUAAUCAGUAUGUUUGUUUUCUUCUUUUACGUACUGAUAAUAUUCGAAUUACUAAAACAUUGCCUAUGUUUGUUGUGAAUAUUUUAAUUUUUCUUGUUUUUAAUUAAUUUGUAAGUAAUCGUUUCGCCUGCAGGCGACACCUUCUGAUGUUGCACUGUUUCGUUUAACUUGUUACAAACCAGUUGAAUAAAAACCUAU